AUCGAGGACCAAAGCCUUGUGUAACCAUGAACGGCAAACUUGUGGCUGUCCUGGCUCUUCUCCUGAUCUCCGCAGCUGUGUCUCAAGGCAGGGCCCUGGCAAGGAUGGGAAACGAGCUUCGGUGCCAGUGCACAGACACUCAUUCCAAGUUCAUCAACCCUAAAUUCAUCCAAGAUGUGAAGCUGACACAAAGCGGACCGCACUGCCAGAACGUGGAAGUCAUUGCUACUCUGAAGAAUGGCAAAGAAGUGUGUUUGGAGCCCACCGCUCCCUGGGUUCAGCUGAUCAUAAGGGCUCUCUUGGCCAAGGCUCAAUCCAAUUCCGACACACUGCUCUGA